CCGGAACGCCGGGCUGCGGGGACGGAGCUGGAGCUGCCCGCCUGCAGCGGAGGAGAGGGAAGGACCACUUGCCUGCGGGGAGCGGCGGGUGCUGAGCGCCCGUCCCGGCGGCCCGGGAGCCAUCCGGGGAAGAAGCAUGAUUUGCAGCCCACUCAAUACCUGAUUGCUCUGGGACUGAAGACCUCCCAUAUGGAAGUAGGGGGGAGUAAUAUGUGGGAGGCUGUGGACUAUUUGCUUCCAACAUAGGAACAGCAUUGGGUUGGGAUUCUGCACUCCUGAGAGAAUGCUGGGGAUCUGCCGAGGGCGACGGAAAUUCCUGGCUGCCUCUCUGACCAUCCUUUUUGUCCCAGCCAUUACGUGGAUUUAUCUGUUUGCUGGGAGUUUUGAAGAUGGGAAGCCGGUGUCGCUGUCCCCACUGGAGUCACAGCCCCACAGCCCUCGGUACACGGCGUCGAGCCAGCGGGAGCGCGAGAGCCUGGAGGUGCGCGUGCGGGAGGUGGAGGAGGAGAACCGCGUGCUGCGCAAGCAGCUCAGCCUGGUGCAGAGCCGGGGCCCCGCGCAGCGCCGCGGAAACCACUCCAGAACCUACUCCAUGGAGGAGGGCACGGGCGACAGCGAGAGCCUGCGCGCCGGCAUCGUGGCGGGCAACAGCUCCGAGUGCGGCCAGCAGCCGGCGGUGGAGAAGUGCGAGACUAUCCACGUUGCCAUUGUCUGUGCAGGGUACAAUGCCAGUCGGGAUGUUGUCACACUCGUCAAGUCUGUCUUAUUUCACAGGCGAAACCCACUGCACUUUCACCUCAUCGCAGAUGCAAUUGCCAAACAGAUCCUGGCAACUCUGUUCCAGACAUGGAUGGUCCCUGCUGUGCGCAUUGACUUCUAUGAUGCAGAUGAGCUCAAGUCUGAAGUGUCUUGGAUCCCCAACAAACACUACUCUGGGAUUUACGGACUGAUGAAGUUGGUUCUGACUAAGACUCUACCUUCCAAUCUUGAGCGAGUCAUUGUCCUCGACACAGAUAUUACAUUUGCCACUGACAUUGCUGAGCUUUGGGCCGUCUUUCACAAGUUCAAAGGACAGCAAGUUCUUGGCUUGGUGGAGAACCAGAGUGAUUGGUAUUUGGGCAACCUUUGGAAGAACCAUCGGCCCUGGCCAGCUCUUGGGAGGGGCUACAACACAGGGGUGAUCUUGCUGCUUCUCGAUAAGCUGCGGAAGAUGAAGUGGGAGCAGAUGUGGAGACUCACAGCUGAACGGGAGCUGAUGAGCAUGCUGUCCACUUCACUGGCUGACCAGGAUAUCUUCAAUGCAGUCAUCAAGCAAAAUCCCUUCCUUGUCUACCAGCUCCCCUGUUUCUGGAAUGUACAGCUUUCUGAUCACACUCGUUCUGAGCAGUGCUACAGAGAUGUGUCUGACCUGAAGGUAAUUCACUGGAAUUCACCAAAGAAGCUGCGAGUGAAAAACAAGCAUGUGGAGUUUUUCCGCAACCUCUACCUGACAUUCCUGGAAUAUGACGGGAAUUUGCUGAGACGGGAACUCUUUGGCUGCCCCAGUGAAGCAGAUGUUAACAGUGAAAAUCUCCAGAAGCAGCUGUCGGAGCUGGACGAGGAUGACUUGUGCUACGAAUUCCGUCGGGAGCGCUUCACCGUCCAUCGCACUCACCUGUAUUUUCUGCAUUACGAGUACGAGCCUGCUUCAGACAACACCGAUGUGACCCUGGUGGCACAACUGUCAAUGGACAGGCUCCAGAUGCUUGAAGCCAUCUGCAAGCACUGGGAAGGUCCCAUCAGCCUGGCACUCUACCUUUCUGAUGCAGAAGCCCAGCAAUUCCUGCGCUACGCUCAGGGCUCAGAAGUCCUGAUGAGCCGCCACAACGUUGGCUACCACAUCGUGUACAAGGAGGGGCAGUUCUACCCUGUGAACCUGCUCAGGAACGUGGCCAUGAAGCACAUCAGCACACCGUACAUGUUCCUGUCCGACAUCGACUUCCUGCCCAUGUAUGGGCUCUACGAGUACCUCAGGAAGUCUGUCAUCCAGCUGGACCUAGCUAACACCAAGAAAGCUCUGAUUGUACCUGCCUUUGAGACCCUACGCUACCGCCUCUCCUUCCCCAAGUCAAAAGCAGAGCUGUUAUCUAUGUUGGACAUGGGAACCCUCUUUACAUUCAGGUAUCACGUCUGGACGAAAGGGCACGCGCCAACAAAUUUUGCCAAGUGGCGAACAGCCACCACUCCCUACCGCGUGGAGUGGGAAGCAGACUUUGAGCCAUACGUCGUCGUGAGGAAGGACUGCCCGGAGUAUGACAGGCGCUUUGUGGGAUUUGGCUGGAACAAAGUAGCUCACAUCAUGGAACUGGAUGCACAGGAGUACGAGUUCACGGUGCUGCCCAACGCCUACAUGAUCCACAUGCCGCACGCGCCCAGCUUCGACAUCACCAAGUUCCGCUCCAACAAGCAAUACCGCAUCUGUCUCAAGACGCUCAAGGAGGAGUUCCAGCAGGACAUGUCACGCCACUACGGCUUCGCGGCCCUCAAGUAUCUCACGGCAGAGAACAACAGCUAGCACCGUGGAGCCCGCGCGUGGCCAGCAGGGACACUGAGGCAAGAGCCACUCAGCGUUUGGGGCUGCUCUUGAAACUUCAGACUGAGAAAUACUUCCUGUUUUUAUAUCAUACUUGGCAGUUCUAACAGUAGAAAUUUGAAGUGACAUGUCUUCGGACUGUGCUCGUUCAUCCCUUCCCCAACUACCCCAGGCCUGUCGGCUUUAGCGUUUGUGAGGUGUCUGCGAGUGGGGCUGGCCGGGCGCCCUCCAAGCCACUGAAGUGAGGACUGGGCAGUGGCUGGGAUUGUACUCCGCUGUCUUGACUGCAGAGCACAGACAGACCUUCAGAAUAUAGGAUUUCAUGUUGCUAUUUAAUAAUUUGACAUGCUUUUUAUCUGUAAAGGAAGAUCUUCGGGUCGCUGUCCUGUGAAUUUCAAAUCUGCACUAUUCUAAAGGGGAACUUUCGCCUGUGAACUUUCACAGGGACCCUGUUAACAUGGAUGACCUUGUUAAUGCAGGAUGAGCCAAGGGUCUGAAUUAGCCUUGAAAACACAGGGCACACUUACACGAUACUGCACUUCUGGGAAGGUGUGUUACUGGUUCAGUUGUAUACAUGAUGUUGGUUGGUCUUUUUUUAUCAAAUUAAUUGUUUUAUCAGGAAAAUCCCCUAUAUCCCACCUUGCCUUUGCCCCAGUCCUAAAUGCUGCUCCUUUCCCUGCCAAGGAUAUACCUCCCUUAUGUUUCUUUGCCAUCUUCAGUUUUGGUGGUCCAGUAAAGAAGAUCAGUAGCUCUGCCAGAAAGUGAACAAAACUUGUCAGUUUACAGUCUGAGCAACUUUUCAUCAGAGCAAUUUGUUCAUAUGUGUCUCAUAAGAUAAAGGGCUCUAACCCUUUAUCUUCUUUAGGCAAGAAUUGGAUUUUACCUAUAAGGCACAUUGUACCAAGGGAAUACUGAUUUGUAGGCUCAUUUCAGUGCUGCCCAUCUAUGAAGGCACUGGGCCUUAGGCUUUAAGUGGACUUCUUUGCUGAACAGUGAAUUUAAACUAGUAAAAAGGCAACUAGUAGCCUUGGUGCUCUCCUGCUGCCUGCUGCAAGGUCUCAGAACUACUUCGUUAAAGGAGUUUAUAAUUAAAAGGAGCAAACUGUUAGGAAUAAACUCCCCAUUGGACGGGGAGAAAAGAAUGUGUUGGGAAUCUGAGUGAGUGUUUACUUGAACAUGGACUGGUCAAGUUCACAACAUCGGUACACACAGGAAUUUGCUGGGAGCGAACAGGAACCUAAAAAGCAAAAUGCAGAAAACAAGACACUGGACUUUUUGCCAUUUUCUUUAUCUUCAGUAUUAAUGUUGUGUUUACAUUGGAGGAAGAGAUGAGGUGCACUACCCCUUGCAGGGCUAUUUGUAAUUUCUGUUGCAAUGUUAAUAGAGAAAGCAGAAACAACUCAGUGAGAAAUGUGUCUGUCUCCCUGCCCCAAACCCCAAACACCCACAUGUACCAAUGCCACUGCCUGAGCUGGGAAAUGGAUCCACAUUGUGUUCUGCUCACGUUUUCCCAUUUUGUUUUUCAGCCACUGGACCUUCUACUUUCCUCCCCACGUCAUCCCUCUAGAGCUUGGUUUUAUUUCUAACCUGACAUUUUGUGAGAGAUUUCUGUUACGGUGGAAACCACGCAGUUAAACCAGACAUUUAAACUACAAAUAUCAGUUCAUCAUUCUGUGUAUAUAUAAGAAAAGCCAAAAAAGGCAAUAUCUUUGACAAGAAAUAAAAAAGGGUGGGGGGCUGUGUGUAGUUUUCACUUUUUCCCCUGGGAGUGUUGGCUGCAUAAGAAUAUAUCACUGCAUGAUUUUCCAAAGAGCUCUUUUUUUUUGUUCUUAAUGGCCUUAUGUAAAGAUUUACAUAAAAAGCUGGAGAGAGCCGGGAAGAAGUGAAAUAAGUGCUCAGUUCUGGCCAAGAUAUAUUCUUUUAAAAACAUCUAAGUCUUAACAAGCCACUGUGUUGAUUGAGAAUGAGAAGAACCCUGCAGCACAGAAACUUUGAUUAACUGCUAGUGUGCAGAAAGAUCCCAAAAGCUGACCUAAGAGAGGCUAACACUUGUUACACCUACAUGAAAUCUCCAGUCAGAGCUUCAGUCUGGCCACCAUUAUGUUCCAUAUGUAUUAAAAAUUUUCAUUUCCAGAUGUACAUUUUUCCUUGGCUUAACAACGUUGCCUGAGGAUGGACUGGAUUGCCCUACAGCAACAUAACCUGUACAUUAUUUGGCUGUACCAUUAUCAGCAUUCUUCUCAUUAUUCUCUUCUCAGUGGUGAAGGAUGAGGGAGCAUGGAGGUAAUAAUUUGCCACUUGCCAGACUGUGCAGUGAGUCUUGGGAUGUCCUGGAUAGGCUUAGGUGUGCUGGCUGGUGUAACCAGCUCAGAGAUUGGUAGUAGGUACAAAGAGUCCCUUUUUUAGUCCUUAUAGACACUGUACUGACUUGUAUCUGUCAUGUCAUGUUUGUCUCUGUGCUUCAUAAUUUGAGAGGUGUGAGUCUUGGGGGUUUUUAGCACAUUUCGAACAAUUUGCCUGAUGGCAAGUUAGGAUUACGUAUUUGUCUGUAUGUGCCAGGGCUCCUACAACACCGUGAAAAAAUCCACCACCACCACCAACAAAAAAAUCCCAACUCAAUUAUAACACUGUCUGGCUUCCAGUCCUCUGCUGUCGUAUUUGCUAGUAACUUUGUUACUUAAUUCUCAGUUUUCUCCUGAAAUCUUCCAGAAAUAGCAGAUAAACCUGGUGACUUAAUGCCUUUGAUUUAUGGAUUUGUUCCACCGACUUCUCUCUUGAGUCUUCAAUCUAUGACCUCUCCUUAUCUUUUAUAUUUGGAAAGUGUGAGUCUCUCAUUUAGAUACCACUCCAGCACCCUCUCAGUGAAGACUGAUGCAAAUAAAUCAUUUAGAUUCUUGGCAA